UCAUUUCUUAGGGAUCCUUUGGUGCCUAAGCUUUCAAGCUUAAGACCAAGCUCAUCUCUCACGACGAAUGACACUUGUGUUCUGGUGUGUUCUGAUAUCGAAAUGGCCCGUGAGGUAUGACCGGGCGCCUCUCUGACAGGGAGUCAAGGUCAUCACGAAAGCGAAGAACCAUGAGGGCGACAAGUCACAAUAUGGUUUUAAGGUUUACCCCCAAUUCAGGGUGCAUCCUUUUUCGAAGACAGCGAAAGCCAUUUGGGUCUUGGAGGGCGCACUUGACAUGGGCGAGGACCCUUUUCAGUCUGCACGUCGGCGGUCAAAUUAUUUUGGCCUUGUUUUAUCUUUGUGUCGGCCGAUACGGCAGCAUCGAAGGAGUUGUAUAUUGCUUGGGUGAAACUCGAUAUUGGUUGUCAUGUUUUGGUUACCAGGAACCCGGGAAGCGCCAUGAUCCGGCAUCUGGGUGGGAUUUGUUUCGUUUCUUCCGCGGCAGUGGCAGGGAGGCUUCUUUGGGAUUGCAUGAGGGCCGUGUCGAUCGAACAACUGUGGCUCGUGUUUUGUUUUUUUCUCUGGGGUCUUUUUGUUUCUUGAUUGUACAACUCGAUUCACGACUUGAUGGACGGUGCGGACACGAGUUAAGAUGGUGGCUGUUUGGAGACACAUUUGGAGGACCGUUAGUCUUUGGUUUUUUUCGAUUUCUUCUCUUGAAUGCAAAUACGUUUUCCUUUCCAAAUAUUGCGCCCCAAUGUCACUGACUACCUAAUAUGUAUAUGCCUGCAGGUUUGUUCUUC